UUUGUCGACCCUGAGACGUUUCUUUUGUCGCUAUUGAAAUAACUAUAAUAUUCGUGUAAAAGAUUCCACGUAGUAUUUCUGUUUUCUUUAAAUUCCUCUUCAUUUAACGGACACGUCACACCUGGAACACCUGCCUCCACAUUCGGUUUGAUUAUUAAAAGAACACGGAUAAUAAGAUUUCUAACUGCAUUUAAGUCGCCUAAACUGUGUUUUCAGCGACGAAAAUCUCGUCUUCUAAGAGAGCCGGAUCUUCCCACACCCAGUCCCAUGUUUCCUUCUCCCGGUUAGGGGCUGACUCUAGUCGUCUGCAUAUGAAGCACGGCCCUGUACGACAGAGAUACAUUUCGCGGUGUCGAGUAACCGGCAAAUGUACGAAGGAAGACCAUCCAUACACCCGGGCCAUUUUCCCCACCACUACCCCGCAACGUUGGGUUCUUUCUAGAAUUUAGCCGUAUCUUUAAUUUCUGCGGAAAAUUCUGAAUUUGCAUCGCAUCCCAUUUCCUGCCUCCUCCUCCUCCUUUGCGCAUCCCGUCAUCCAGUGCGAGACCUGGCCCCCUGUGCCGUCCUCCCCUUUGUUUGCGUCUGCCGCGGUGCCGACCGACCUGCGUCUUCGUGCCGAGUUCUUCCCGAUCUUUCUCCAAAUUUUACGUGCCAGGAGAAUAAGACGAACCUACGAAGGGUUGUGGAGCUCUCCACAAGCCUAUAAGCCAGGUACCAAUUUGACCCACCAGGAGACGGAGGCAGGGAGCCUGUUGGAUCGCCAUGGCCGAGGCUGCUGACUACUCCCUCCUGCAGCGGCCUGUUCCAUCCAACCAAACCGGGGUCCGCCAGAUCAUCGAAUGCUUCACGGCUGGCACGGAAGACAUCAAGCGACUCCUCCUCCACGAGGCAGACGUGAUCCUGGAGUGCCGGGUCUGCCGCAGCCUGUACCGAGGUCUGCUCAACUUCGUGUCCCACAAGCAGGAAUACUGUGCCAUGCCCUUCAGCGAGUACGAGCAGCAGCGACUGGGGAUGUCUGGAACUGGGUCGUACUUCAUGGACACGCCCAUGGUGCCGAAAACGGAGACCUCCACAGAGUCGUCCAUCACAGACAGUCUCUUACAGGGUGAGAGUCUUGUUGUGGUGUUACCUGAGCCUCCGCCAGACGACCCACAGCCUAUUGUCGGCUCUGCAGCUGAGAACUACAGUAUAGAGUUCCAGUCCAUCCCAGGCACCUCCCAGGCUGUGUACCAGAGGGUGACCAGGCCAAAAUUUGUCGCUGGAUCAACCCCAAAUUCCCGUAGCCCUGAAAACACCAGAACAAACAAGUUUGCGAAGAUUAGUCCACCCGAAUGCACCAACUCUGACUACGAUCCCAUCCGGGCGUACUGCCGCCUUUGCGACAAAACGUUCUCCUCUCGCCGGAACGUGCGUCGCCACAUGGUGGAAGUUCACAAAAAGACCCUCCCCGGCAGAACGAUCAUUCCGAGCAAGAGCGGGGACUUUGACCUGGAGAAACUGAUUUGUCGCCUCUGUAAGAAAACCUUCAUCUCCAAGCAGAGCAUCAGACGACACAUGGUGGAGCAUCACGGCAAGUCACUGGAGAUAGAACCAUCCACAGGGACAGAUGAGAAAACCACCUCACCAUCAUCCUCUACAUCCUCCAAGUCUGAAGACGAGCAUGAAAGAGACACAAAGAAAGGUGAAAAGAAAGACGAUCAUGAUGAGAAGGAAGAGGAGGAGAAAAAUGGUGAGGAUUGUGCUGCCAAUGAUAAGGAUGAUGACUCAUCUUCAGACAGUGAUGAUGAUGAAGAAGACAGUGACAAUGAUAAUGACGAGGACAAUGAUGCAGAAGAUGUAGAGGGAUCUAAAGAAUUAAAACAGGCUAAACAGAAUGUGUGCCAACAUUGUGACAAGGGUUUUAGUAGUAAAGACAACUGGAAGAAGCACAUGGUUGAGGUCCAUGGACUGGACCCUGAUGGUGAUGAUGCUGACAAAGAUUCAGAUGAUGAAGAUGAUGAUGAUGACGACGACGAUGAUGAUGAUGAAGUGGAGGAUCAGACCACCCCGUCACGGCCUCCCAGCACCAGCUCCAGUGGCACACCUAAACUCCGCAGCAGCUACGACAUGGAUCGGAAGUGCUGUAUCGUGUGUGACCGCUACUUCACCACCAAGAGGAACCUUAUCCGCCACAUGGUGGACGUUCACAAGAGGCCCAUGUCGCAGUUUAAGAUCGGCGCUGAAUACGACAAGCUGCUGUCUCACUGUGACCUGAAGCGGAAAAUGUGUCUCAUCUGCAAAAAAAUCUUCGCAUCCAAGAGGAACACCAAAAGACACAUGGUGGACGUUCACAAACAGCAGCCCAGCAUGAAGGUGCAGAAAGACAACGGUCCUGAAUCCUCCAGCUCGGAACCAUCGACUCCUACGGAAGAAAAGCCAGCAGGCAAAACUACCAAGCUGCAGGCAAGCUAUGAUCUGGAGAAGAAGGAAUGUCUCAUCUGUAAGCGUAAGUUCAGCAGACAGCUCAACCUCCUCCAGCACAUGAAUGCCCACGGUCGCCCUGUCAAGUUCUUCCGCUGUCCGUUUUGUGCGUAUGAGACACGGGAGAAGCGCCACGUGCUGCGGCACGCCGGCAGCGUCCACAAGAAAGGCCCGAAAGACCUGCAAAAGAUUCACACCAGCCUGAAGACGCGUGCGGUCAUGCGCAUGAUCGGGCCCGAUGGCAAGGUAAAGCCCAUGGUGCAGCCAAGCUCCAAACCAGACCCUGAGAAUGAGAAUGAGGAAAAUGCUCCUGCUACCGGAAAUGAGGUAAAGAUAUCGGAGGCUUUGACCCUACACAAGUGCAAUGUGUGCAAGCGGGCGUUUGCCAACAAGGGGACAUACUGCAAGCAUAUGAAGUGGAUGCAUGGCAGAAACAUCAAACAAGAGGAGAACUCUGCAAAGAAAGAAGAACAGACAAAUUCUUCUACCAAAAAAGAUAAAGAUGGCCAUGAAAAACAGAGCAUCACAAGCCAGUCUGCUGUGUCAAAGAAGUCUGGAACGGGCGUGACUGUCAAACCAGAGGAGAACUCCACAAAGAAGGAGGAACAGACAAAGAAAGAAAAAGAUGCACACGAAAAACCGAGCAUCACAAAUCAGUCUGCAGUGUCAAAGAAGUACGGUACAGGCGUGACCAAAAUCAUGGACGUCCCAAACCUGAAAUGCCUGAAGUGCAACAAGAAAUUCAGUGGACCACAGGUGCUGCAAAGACAUGUGCGACUCCACAUGUCUCAGGACUAAGUACCUCUCAACUGUCACCACAGAUCAAACUUUGACAUUCUCCCUGCUGUCUGAACCCAUUACCAAUACAAAAUUUGGUGCCAAAAGGCCAUCUUAGCAGGCAGAAGGUUAACCCCUCUAGAAUACCCUACCCAGGGCAUGUUGCCUGCUAAGUGUUGGGGAAAAGACAAGAUGAACCUAUUAUAUUAACUGAAAGGCCAGGGAAGCUGCAGAGUCAUCUCUUUCAAAUCAAUUUCUGCUCCAUUUUAGGUAUGAUGGUUGGAAAACAAGUGGUAACAUACUUUGUUGGGUAAAAGAAAUUGUGAAGGAGGAAAUAUUGUUGCAUAUUGUGACUUGUAUACAAGCUGUACAUUGUCAGCGAAUUAGAUGACUAUCAAAUAUGGCACAAACAAUGCCAACAAC